UCAAAACGCAAAAAAAACGGGUGUCCGGAAAAGAAGAUCCCUCUUUCCAAACGUAAGGAGCUGUCCUAUAACCCACCAUCAUCGAAAGGGUAAAAAGGUCAUGGAAGGCAUGACGACCUCACCGGAGGAAGGGAUGCCUGGACCUUCCAGCGUGGCAUCCUUGCUUGGCUUUAUUGCAUUGGUGUAUUACAUUGCAAUUUGGUCAAUUUCUCUUUUAGGAUUACGUCAAGCACGGACAUUAUUUGGAAAGCCAGCAAGUAAGCAAAGUAUUAAUCAAUUGCCCGUUUUGCCUUUACGAAAUGCGUACUCUUCACCUCCAAUCUCACCACCUUCAUCACCAGACACUUCCAGAAAUCCACAAGAAGAAGAAGAGCGAAGAUUUCAAUCGGGCGUGAGCAUUUUGAGACCUUUGGCGGGAUUGGAUCAUAAUCUUGCUUCGAAUCUCGCAUCUGCAUUUGAACAAAAAUAUCCUCGUGAUUUAUUCGAGAUCAUCCUUUCGGUUCGUGAUGAGAAUGAUCAAGCAUUACCCGUUGCAAAGCGAAUUUGUGCUCGUUAUCCAGACGUUCAAUCAAGAAUCAUCAUUGGAGAUGAACCAGCCGGCGUGAAUCCAAAGAUUUGCAAUUUGGUCAAGCCGUAUGCAAGCGCUCAGUUUGAUAUCAUAUGGACAUUGGAUGCUCAAGUUCAAAUGUCUCCUGAUGCAUUAGCCCGUGCAGUGGCUGCUUUGCAAGAUAAACCUCGUCAACCUGCGCCUAGAUGGAUGAACAGAUUACCACAUGGAGGAGAGAAUGCUCGAGUUGGCUUGGUGCACCAUGUGCCAUUAGGUGUCACACCUCAUUCAACUUCGAUGGGAUCGCACAUAGAAGCAAUCUUCUUGAGUACAAAUCAUGCAAAGAUGUACCUUGCAAUCAACGCUCUUAGUGUGGAUAGUUGCGUGAUGGGUAAAUCAAACUUGUACAGAAAGAGUGACUUGGCAAAUGUGCCAGAUUCUUUCUUCAACGUUGGUGCAGAAGGCACGCGAGGAGAACGUGGUGCUAUUGGGAGUAUUGCUUUCUCUUCUGCAGAACGAGCAAGCGAAUUUGGAUGGAAUGAGUCUACUUCUGAUAGCGAAGAUAAAGUAAAUGUUUCGGCAGGAGCAGCAAGACCGCUGGCACGCUUCUCUAUUUACUUGGCCGAAGACAACAUGCUAGCAACCUCUCUUUGGAAACCACCAUUGAACCUAGCACACACUUUGGCCGCUCAUGAUGUUGCUAGAACAUCGGUUGGUGAAGUGAAAAGCCUUGGUGAUUAUUGGAAUAGGCGAGUACGUUGGAUAAGAGUAAGGAGACACAUGGUUCCCACAGCGACAUACCUCGAACCUUUUACCGAAUCAAUUGUUUGCGGUGCAAUUGCAACUACAGCACUGUUUCACGUUUGGUUGCCAUGGCUUGGAAUUACGCAAACUGGCAUUCCAGGUUUUAACAAGGGUCGAUAUUUGCUUGGACUUGCCUUUUUCCUGAUUCACCUGACACUUUGGCACAUGAUUGACUUUGCCGUUUUAGCAAGUAUUCAGAUCGCAGGUCGCAAGCCAUCCAUCACAUCUUCUGUCUCUUCGACAUCCGUCUCAAAUUCCUCCAAUCCUGCUCAAUUGGUCGAUUUCGAUAAACCAGAAACCGUUUUGAAAUUCAGAUUGGCAUGGCUUGCAAGAGAGUUGUUGGCUUUACCAAUCUGGUUCGUGGCCUUGUGUGAUAACAAAGUCACUUGGCGCAACAAGCGUUUCAAGAUUUUAUCAGAUUCACGAGCCGCUCAUAUCUAAUUAGUCACAAACAUGCUCUUGCAGCCAUCAUGUAAAAUUACACACACACACUUUGUACGAUAGUCAUCAUGUACAGCAGUUGAUUCAAUUAAUAAAUGUAGUCGA